AUUCGCACAUGCGCAGAACUAAUUGGAACGUCGUUAGCGCCAGCAUUGUUGUGUGGACUUGACAAGGAAUGGUCAGACCCAUCUUGGAGUUAUUCUGAGCAGAUUUUCGACAAAGGUACUCACACGUAAGCCGCAAUCAUGUGUAAGUGUUUCGAGGUCAUCGGCAGGAUUGUCAUCGGCAUCCUCAGCGUCAUCUUCGCCAUCCUGGGUUUCGUGCUGCUGGUAUUUGGUAUUAUGGUGAAGGUGCAAUCAGAUGUCAUACAGAAUUUGUUCCAAACGCUCAUUACUAUGGCGAAAGAACAGGCUUCGGCUGCCAUAGGCUCCGGUUUCGAUCUGCCUACCGACAACUUCAACAUCAACGACCUUGUGGGCGGCCUCGCUAUCGUCUUCAUCAUCAUCGGUAUUAUCAUGCUGUUUAUUGGAGUACUUGGCAUAGCAGGAGCGUGCUGCAUGGUGAAGUGUAUGAUUGUGUUGUAUCUCAUCGUUAACGUCAUCUUCCUCAUCAGCCAGAUUGCUCUAGUCGCCAUCGUCGCAUCCAACAGAAGCAUCAUCACCGAACCUCCAAAAGCUGGGCUGAAGUCGUCUCUGCAACAGGAAUACCAAGGCGUGAACGGCACCGACGUGACCUCCCUCUUGUGGAACGUCGUCAUGAACGGGCUGCAAUGUUGCGGCAUCGACAACUCACAGGACUUCACUUCAGCAACCAAAUGGACAAGUGUCUGGGGCCCUGGGACAACGGCCAACUUCCAGACACCGGCAGCAUGCUGUAAGUCGGGUCAGUUCACCAGCAGUGACCAGACAUGUGCGACGGCCCCGACAACAUCCAACAAUAACAAGGACAGCGGAUGCUAUGAGAUGAUAUGGGACUUUAUCUUCAAAGGCACAACUUUCAUCAUUUUUGCGUGCGCUGACAUUGGUGGUUUCGCCCUCCUGUCAAUCUUCGCCGGUAUUAUCCUGUACCAGAUCCUUCAGAAAAACAAAGUCGGCAGCAUGGCCUAGACAGAUCACAUCUAGACAGAGAAACCCACACCCUGAGCAAUGCUGUGAUCUACCUCCGAGGCGGAAGUCUGUAGAAUCUUGCUGUAUUAACGUGAAGAAGUAUUUUUAUUGUACAUUAUGUUAAAAAUGACUCUUGAUUAUUGUUGGGAGAUAUUCCAAGACAUUCCAAUCCUGACAUCAUUUACAGAUAUAGGGAAAGGGAUGCCAUGGUUUCCAUCACAAUCAACAUUCACAGCCCCAA